CAUAAUUUCCGGUUCCGGUUAAAAGCAAAACAGAAAAAAUCGUGAAUUUUUCGUCUUAUUAAAUUCGAGACGAUAACUGGGAUAAUAUGAUAUCCUAAUCUCAUUCAUAACGUUAUUCUGGACUUCGCUUAGGACUCAAUCAGUUCAGUUUUUACACACUGUGCUAGUGACAUCAUGUUGCAGAAGUGAGACAUAUUCCUGAAGUAUGGAGUCAUUACUGGAUGAAGUAGACUCCCUUCUUACCCCAGGACUGUCUACAGACACUCCCGAGUGGUGCAGUAAUUGUCAGUCCCUUAAACAGGAAAUUAAGAGAUUACAGGAUGAGCAGCUACAGAAUUUCAGUAAAUUGAAGCAGAAAAUUAUUUCCACCGAUUUGCUGAUCAAGAAAUACAAGUCAAAGUGUGAUGAUUAUGAUGUGCAAUGUAAGAGAACAGAAGAGGCUAAUAAAAGAGCUGACAAAAGUCAGAGACAAUGUGAGAUCUUGGAAACACAGCUGAAAGCAGCAUUACUAGAUACAGAACCAUUAAGAAAGACAAAGAUCACACUAGAGGCAGAGAUUAGAUUGAAGAACUCAGAGAUACAGUCUAUGUCGGACAAGUUACUAGCUGUUGAGAGCGCACGUAAACAAUAUGAGCAUCUUUCUAAAGCUAAUACCUUGGACAUUGAGAAACUAGAGGCAGAAAAGAAAGAGCUGAUGACUAAAAUUAAGUCACGUGAAUUUGGGAAAUUAACGAAAGAAGCUGCCAAGGAAUACAAAAAUGAGAUUACUAGUUUGAAGAGAGACAAGGCAGCUAUAGCUAAGAAUGAGAAGAGAUUGGAGAGACAACUGGCUGCUGCACACACAAAAAUUGAACAUCUUACUGGUGUCAUCAAAGAAAGAAAGUUCAGUCCAAAGCGACGUACAAGAACAACAUCAGGGAAGUUAUCUAGUCCUCUCAAGUCCCCUACAAGAAGUCCUCGAGGUUUAUGCCCCUUAACAUCGCCACUGAGGAGUCCUCAAUAUCUCAGUCCACAGGAUCACAAACUGUCUCCUCCUCAAGGCCAUGGUAGAUCACAAAUAAUGUCUGAGAAGAAAUCUGAAUCACAGGUUAAAGAUGUGAUGGCACUCAAGAAUGAUAAUGAGCUGGCUUCGCAAAGUUCAAGCAGUUUAGAAGACACUGAUGAUGAUGAUGAUAACAUAAGUGUAUGCAGUGUUAAAUGGACAUUUAGUCCACUUAUGAAAUGUUUGUCACCUUUGCCACCAUCACCGGCAUGCUUUGCUGAAAGAAAGUUAGAGAAUGAGGAGGAUGAAGGUGAGGUAUCUGAUAUAGCUGAUGUACUAGAACAACAAUUGUUACAGGAUGAUUCACUAGAUCACAUAUCAAAGGAUGAGAUACCAGUAAAAGUGACAGAGAAUUUGACUGAUUUGGGUGAUGAAAAUUCCAACACAUGUAUUGAAGAUCAAGCAAAAGGAGAUGAAACAUAUUCUGUAACUCCUCUUAAAGAACAAGAUGAUCACAUUAAAACUGUUGAAGCCAUACGUAAAGUUGAAAUUGUAAAUGAAGAAGUAAAAUAUUGUGACAAUGUCAAAGAGAGAGUGAAAGAAAAGUUUUCUGCUGAAGAAAACAAGGAUAGAGAGCUUACAUUAAAGGAGAAGUUAGCUAAUAGUAUUGAGAUUAUUUCACCUACUGCUGUAAGAAAGAGAGUUGCCCACCAAUCCCACCUUAGAUCCAAUCAAAGUAAUAGCCUAGACUCGGUUAACUUAGAUCAUAAUGAAAAUAAUGCAAUCUUUAAAGAUGCCUCACAGGGUUUAGAAAAAGUCUCUGAAGGAAUAAAUGAACCUUGUGGUGAAGAUAAAAAUUCUGAUAAAAUACAGAAGAAACCACCUGUUAAAAGGAGUGCAAGAAUUUAUAGUCAGAGAGAAAGUGAAACUGAAGACCAAGUGUCCUAUAUUAAUGAAUAUACAGAGAAUGUUGUUGAACAAGGGAAUAAAGACAUUUUUAUGAGUGACGUAAAGACUACUGCUGAAAAUAAUGCUGGUAAAGUUAAUUCAGAUGGAGAUAAAUCAGAGUUAAAUAGAAAUGAUACAGAGGAAUUUACUCCAACUUUUAAUGAGAAUUUGUUUGAUUGUAAUACUGACAGUAUUUUAAGGGAUAUGUCGAAGAUAAAAGACAGUGACAAUAUCUUAGAUGAUGAGAGAUUAAUUAUGAGCACAUCUGGUGAUGUUGUUCCUAGUCAAGAUAACAAAGACAAUAGUAGAAUAAAAGGUAAUGUUAGUAAAACAAAGCCUGAAAGUGAUACAUCUAGUCCCUGUGAAUUACUUUCAUGUGACAAAGAAGUAGAUAAUGAAAUGCUUCAAGACAAGCAAACAGCUGAAACGAUCCUUGUGCCAAACUCUUGUUUACAAAAACUGGAUAAUGUGAAGAAAAGCAUUGAAAAAACUAAACACAACACUGAAGAUAAAAGUGCCAAAGUUGAAAUAGAUAAAAACUGUAGCAAGAAGAUCAUGAAGAAGUUUGGUUCACAUAAAUUUAUCAACUUUCAAAAGUCUUCAUCAGAAACUUUGGCAAAUGAAAUUGACGACUAUAGUUAUGUUGGUGAUUAUGAAGUUCUUGAUAGAAAUAAUAAAGAGUCGAAAAUGUUUUCACCAAGGGUGCGAGGGAUGCAAAAGAAAAAUGUGGCUAGGAGAUUGAGAAGAAGUUGUAAAUAUAGAGAUCUUGAUUCUGAAGUAAGAGGAGAAAGUAAAGUGGAAGUUAAUAAAUUGAACCAUGAACAGAUGAAUAUACCACAAAAGUUUGAGGUUUUAGAACUUAGGAAGAAAAAUUCAGAGGGCAGUUGUGUGAUAGGUACGGCAGAUGGAAGUGAUGAAGAUAAGUUAGCACCGGAAGGUAUAGUGCAUGAUUCUAAUAAGGCUGUGACUUGUAAAUCUGUAACAAUUCAUAAAGAAUCGUCACAAAAACUUUUACACAACAUUGAUGGUGACAACAAAACAGAUGAAACAAAGCUUGUUUGCUCAAAAGAACAAAAUGCUGAAGUUAGUGUUGAAAUAAGAAAUGAUAAUAGUGAAAUUUGUAAAGGCAUUACAAAAUUAGAGACUAAAGAACACAGCAUGGGUGACUCUAUGUUUGAUGAUGAAUUUAGUAACUCAGAUGAGAAGUCAGGAGAAGGUGAUAAUAGUGUUGAAAAAAUAACCACAAAUAGACAGAUGAGCACAGGGUUCACUGUUAAUACACAUACUUUAGAAAGAGCUCCAAGCACAGAUAGUGCUGUGUCCUUUGGAACCUCUCCAUCAAGAUUGUUUUCUACUUGUGGUACAAUUGUGGAGGAGGAAUUAGAUGAUGAUUUGAACAAAGGUGACAGUGAAAGUGGUAGCAAAAUUAGUAGUGAUUCAAAUUUUAUUUUUGGUGUUGAAGACUUAUUGAAUUGUAAACAAGAGCCGUCACCUGGUUCACAAAAUUUUGAAAAUGCUCAAAACAAAACAAAGCCUGUCUGUGAUACUAAUCUAAGCUCAGAAAAUUGUGGUUAUACUCUGACAAAAACUAAAACUUGUAACGAAUUUACUGAUAAUUCAUUAAGUGCAGUGUCAGAAGAUGACAUAUCUAAUAAACCUGGCUGUUCAUAUCAGUAUCAUGAACCAUCUUUUCAUUUCUCAAGACAGGAGGUUAAUAUUUCUGCUGAUGAGAAAGAUUCUGUUGAUACUGCAAGGAUACCAUUUAUUUCCGAAACAUUACUUCAUGAUGAUUCAUCGUCUAGAUCAUCUAUUCAAAGUAUUACUUCCAUUGAGAGGGCUUCUCCUGUAUCACCUCUCUCUCUGUCACCAUUUGAUUUCUUAAAUCCAAUAUCUCCUCUCCCACCUUCUCCUAUCAGGGAGAUAGAAAGGGUGUCUCCCCUGUCUCCAGAACAUAUGACUGAUGAACAAAAACCACAGGUUGAUUAUAAUGAACCGGAUGUUGCAAUAAAUAAUGAAGAUGACACUCCUAAAAAUGACGAGAAUAAAAAGGUUGAGUGUAAAGGGGAAUUUUCUGAUAAAAUUGUUAAUCCAUCGGAAAUUAUUGACAAUGAAAAGGCGAAGGAUAAUCAUAUGGUUAAAAAUAAGAGGGAAAUAAGAAAUAAACAACCUUUGACAGGUAGCUCAAGUAAAACAAAAAGUACAACUAAGUUAGAAAGUGUAAAAAAAGCAAAAACCAAUUUGGAAUGUGUGAAUAAUGUAGAAAGUCAACAAUGUUCACCUGAACAAGAUACAUGUUUAAGUGAUGUUAGUUUGAAACUGUUCAGUAUUCCACAGAUGAUAAGUCCAGUUAAAACUCCUAAAAGUUGUGCCAAAUUAAAAACUGAACAAAUUAAGUCUUCACAAAAUAUAACAAAAUUAAUAAUAAGUCAGAAAGAUAAAGAUAAAACCACUCCUAUGGUAUUAGGAGAAGGGAAGGUUGGGUGUGUUAAAGGAGGACCUAAACAGUUUGUUACUGAAGCUCCUGUAACAGCUAUUGCUGUCAAACCUCGUGGCACCAGGGGCAGGACAUCUUUUGAUAAAACAAAUAUAGAAAUGUGCAUCAGGAAGUCAAGUCAAACAGCUCUUAAGAAAGUUUCAAGUGUAGUAAAAUCUGAAUCAAGUGAAGCAAGGAAGGUUUCUGGUGAUAACACUGUAGUUGCAGAGGAAACACAGACAUUUAAAUCUGUCUCAGGUAUAACUAGUCAAAAAUCUCAAACAUUACCACAUGAUGAACAAUCUAUAGAAUCAGAUAGAUUGGCAGGAAAUUUAGAAAAGUUAUCUGAAAGAGAUGCAGGCUUGAUAGAAAGUGGAGAUAAAGAAAGUGUUGUCAGUAUAGAUGAGAAAGGUGACAACAAGGUGGUUGAGGAGUAUACACUAAGUCAUGAUAAUUUGGCAUUCAAGAGAAAGGCUAGAGUGGCACAUAAACCAAAUAUACUUAAAUCACAAAAGAAGAUACAGAUUAUAGAUGCUCCAGUGUUACCUCCAGUCACCGUGAGUAGAAAGAGAAAAAAUCUGGAAAACAACAAGGAUACUCAUGAUAAGGAAAAGCCUAAAGAAGGAAAAGUAAAGAAACAGAAGUCUUCAUCUUCUCUGAAGUCAAUUAGUCAAGAGAACAAGAAGAAGAUGCAGAGUUUCCUCAAGUCAUCAGAGACAGCAGAAUGCUUUGUGGCAAAUUAUUCUCCACAACCAUGUGAUGAUACUGUCACUGUUGACCUUCUAGCUGCCUGUCUUGAGUGUUUAGGUCGUGUACAGACAGAGACUCUAGAUGUAGUAUAUCGUAUGUGUGAGAACAGUCAGUAUCUAACCAUUGACUGUCAUCUACCAUUUACCAGUGAUGUAGAGAAAAAAGCUGUCGAAUUGAUACAAUAUAUAUGUACAGAAUUGAAAUAUGACUGGAUGGAUGUGAUGAGGAAGAUUUGGGACUGUGUAUUUAGUUGUGACAGUUCUCGCAGUAUAGUUGGCAAAAUGGCACAGUGUAGGGUGUUUGUAGCCCUGUGCUCUCUUCAAGGUGAUAUAGAGAAGAACGAAGAUUUGAUUCUCUAUCAUGAGACUAUAAUGAAGUGUAGUUAA